AUGAAAUCGAUAGGAUUGACAGGAUUGGCGGUGGUGUGUUACGCCAUAGGAUUAGUGUAUGCGGUGGACUCGGAAGGAUGUUAUUCGUCGGUUCUGGUUGCAGAGAAUAAGGGAUCGGAACAGUAUUCCACUUCAUCUACUUGUUCGGAACAGUGUCUGGAAUAUGCGUGGUUUGCAUUAAAAAACGGGGGUGAGUGCUACUGUUUGAAGCUGAAGCCUUCGGACUCCACCAGCUCGUCGAGCUGUAAUGUGGGGUGUAAUGGAUACGGAGAUGAAAUGUGUGGUGGUAAAAAUGUAUACAGUUUGUACGAAGGUACCGGUUCCAAAGGACUGGGAGACAGCGAUUCGAGCAGUCUGAGCUCGUCUUCGUCACUGUCAUCAUCAUCAUCAUCAUCAUCAUCUUCAUCAUCUAGCAGUUCAACCCAAUCAUCUACCUCGUCUUCAUCCUCUUCGUCAUCAUCAUCCACAACCACAUCAUCAUCUUCACUGUCAUCAGAAGAAUCUACCACUACAUCAGAAUCCAGUUCAUCAGAAACUGCAACACAGACUACAGUGGUGACCCAACUGUCAUCACAAGGUGGUAAGGUUGUGUACAAAACCGAGACUAGGAGUCCCUCGGCUACAGCCACCCCUUCUAGUUCUUCCACAAGUACUAGUUCCAGCAAAUCCAAUAAGAAGGACUCAGGAACCAAUGUGGGGGCCAUUGUGGGAGGCGUUGUCGGAGGUGUAGGAGGUGCUAUACUUCUCGGAGUAUUAGCCUUCUUUUUCAUCAGACAUCGUAAUAGUCACGAAGAAUCGGAAGAUGAAGAAGAGUUCUACGAUAAGCCUAGCGGAUUAUCUAGCGCGGGAGGAACGAGCAGGUCGAGAAGCAAGAAGACUCUGUCUCCAUUAGACAUGCCUAUGUCUAACCCAUUUACUGAUCCAACUGACACUGCGGCCGCAGGAGGAGGAAAUAAUGCAGGCCUAGUCGACCCUAGGUUAAACCCAAUAAUGAUGGGAAGGAGAAGACUAUCGGACGGUUCGUUGGCCGACGAAACUGACUAUUCGAGAAAAGUUCUACAGGUGGCAAACCCUGAUGAUUGA